ACCAGCACCCACCGACUGUUAUCAGUUAAUAACUUGAUUGUAAACAAUGCUCACUAUCAUUGCGCCAGCUUCCUUCAUACACAUGAAACCUGCAAAGUCACUUUUAUUCACUCAAACGACAAACAGUUCCAUCUGGUCCACCGAACCGUUCAGACGUGUCUAUCUCGCUAUCAACCUCACAAAGGCGGACCUCCUAUCAAUCUACCCAAGCCAUGGCACUGGUGUCGGUGCGUGAUUACGAGCAACGGGCGCACGAAAUUAUCCCCCGGAAUGCACUCGACUACUAUCGGAGUGGUGCUGGGGACGAGCUGUCGCUCCAAUUGAAUCGAACCGGUUUCGAUCGCAUACGCAUCCGACCACGGAUGCUGCAGGGUGGCGCCACCCGGGACCUUACCUGUACCGUGUUCGGUGAGCGUUUCGCACUGCCAAUCGCCAUUUCGCCCACGGCCAUGCAACGGAUGGCCCAUCCCGAGGGUGAGGUGGCAAAUGCGAAGGCAGCCGCGAGCAGACAGGUGCUCUUCACACUAAGCACGAUCAGUACAAGUUCGCUCGAGGAAGUGGCCAAUGCGACACCGAACGCACCGAAGUGGUUCCAGCUGUACAUCUACCGUGAUCGGCAGCUGACGGAAGGUUUGGUACGCCGGGCGGAAAGGGCCGGUUAUCGUGCGAUCGUACUGACGGUGGAUGCGCCACUGUUUGGUUUACGGCGGGCAGAUAUGCGCAACAAAUUUUCACUACCGCCUCAUCUGACGAUGGCGAACUUCGUUGGUAAAGCCUCCAGCAUUCGCAGUCAGGGUGGAUCAGGCAUCAACGAGUACAUUGCCGAACAGCUCGAUCCUACCCUGUCCUGGGACGACGUAAAAUGGCUGCUCGGAUUUACCAAACUGCCCAUCAUCGUAAAGGGCAUACUGACUCGAGAAGACGCCAUCAUUGCGGCCGAUCUCGGCGUACACGGGAUAUUUGUUUCGAAUCAUGGCGCUCGGCAACUGGAUUCCGUUCCCGCUUCGAUUGAAGCUUUACCGGAAAUUGUAUCAGCCGUUGGAAAUCGUGUGGAAAUAUUUCUUGACGGCGGCAUUACUCAGGGAACGGAUGUCUUCAAAGCGCUAGCACUUGGCGCACGGAUGGUAUUCUUCGGACGUCCAGCAGUAUGGGGAUUGGCCGUUAAUGGACAAGCAGGCGUAGAGCACGUUUUGGAUUUAUUGCGAAACGAGCUAGACCUGACGAUGGCCCUUGCCGGUUGCAAAACACUCGCAGACAUUACGAAGGACUAUGUGGUUCAUGAGAACUAUUACAGUAAGCUUUAAAUCGAGGAGAGUAGAUACAUUGUGAGAUUACAGGUACGUUGCUUCAAUAAAGUGUCGGUAUUAGACGUGUUUAGUCAAAAUAUACACAAUUAGUGUAAUUGUAAUAAUUUGCAUCCAAAUGAUGCUCACUUUUGCAAGGAAGUCCGAAACAAUCUACAAUGAAGCGGCAUUUUCCGAUGAUUCGUUUAUCCGACAUCUUCUAGAGGGCGAAAUUCUAUCCCCGGGCGAGAGCAUCCAACGAAGGAGGUAACACUCACUUUUACCUGAAGAUGAUCUGGUAUUGGUGAUCAAUAGUAUGAGAGCGUCCGAUGAAGGGAAAAUAAUCUUCGAUCUCUUUCAAUCCAGUCAAGCAAUAGUAAAGGAUCUCGAAUGACUAUCAAUGAAUGAUAUCAAGCGGGAAAGAGACCGCUAUAUGAAGCACUCAGCUGGUGAACGGUAGUUUGUGGUACCUCUUUUGAUGGAUGCUAUCUUGGUGUUGAAAAAUCGUUUUGGAUUUUGGAUUUUAGCGGUCCCUUGCGGCAGUUAGCGCUACGUCCUUUAAUGGAUGCUCUCUUGUUGUUUUAAAUUUUAAAAGUGCUUUUUUCCGAAAAGGGAUUUUUCGAUCCCAAAAACCAAGUCAAGUCAAAGUAAUUUUUCAAGCCGGUUUGACCACGAAACGGUCAUCUUUUCUGUAUUUUGGAAACUGUAAGUAUUGAAGAACAUAUCUGUUAAAUGUUCUUUUUUUAAUUUUUGUGAUAAAAGGAGUUGACCAAAUUAUAAAAGAGAUAAUUAAAGAUAAAUAAUAAAGGUGGUAUGCUUCCAGCGUUACGUUUUGUACCGAUAGGGAAGGAGAGGGUCAAAAAUACACAAGUUUUAGGUUACAUAAUAGUUGAAUAAUUCCUGAAUUUUAAAAGAGCUCUGCAAGCACUGCAACUGCGAAUGUUCGAAUGUUUCAUUCUAAUUAAAAACAUUCCUCUUUUUACUAUUUUUAUUUCGAUUUUUGGGUGUUUUUGUUUUGUUUUGUCUGGUAAUAAUUUGAGUAGUUCUGAAAAUUCUGUAUAGUUUGCAUUAUUUUGCUUUUGAAUAGUUUCGUGAUGCAAUGUUUCGUAUGCUGUCUGUUAGUAGUUGAUUUUGGCUGCAUGUUUCUGAUUCUUUUGUUUCAUUAGUUAGCUUACUUACGUUUCUAGUAUUAUUUAAAUUUAAAGAGUAUAUGCUCAUUAGUGAAGUUUACGUUUUGCGUUUCUUUUCGUUCUUGUUUUUGUUUUUUGUUUUCUUUUCUUUUCUGCAAUUACUAGAGCCACCAAAUGGGUCCGGGGAUUCGGUACAGUUGUUCGUACGAAUCGUUUUACCUUUUUUUUGCAAUUACCCUUCAAUAACCCCAUCCGCCUUACGGUGGAUUUGGUACUUCACGUUCUGAUCUAAGCUUUUCCUGUUUGACAAUAUUCAAGCAAGCAAUUUAUCAAUCACUACAUUUAAUGGGUAAUGUUACUGAAAUUUGUUAUUUUCUUUUUUUCUUUGCUUUUCUCUCGGUCUAUCUUUCUCGCUAAUGGAACAGUGAUUGUUCGCGUAUGCAUUUUCAUUUAAUUUGCUCUCCAUUUUGGUUUGCUUUUUCGCAAAUCGAAUGCAACGGUUUGAAUCAGCUUAUCAAUUUCUUAAACAUAGUUUCACACACCUUUUCCAUAAGUGAUUACAUUGAUUACAUGUUUUGCGAGCGUAUCAUAGGGAUUAUACUACAGAGCUUGUUAUUUCUUUUGUUUUUUUUUUCAAAGAAUUACUUUUGUUUGAUAACUUUCGGUAAAGAAUGCUGCACGUCUCAUAAGUAGAAUAAGAAGUAUUCGGUACGUUUAUAUGAAGCGUAUAAAACGAAAACUCAUGAAAAAAGACGGCAAUUUGUUACGAACACAAAAAUCAUAAUUAGUUUUCUGCAAAGCAAAACAUAACCGCACCCUAAUUGUGAUCCAUUUGCCAAACAGUGUAAAUAAAUGCAUUGGUUUUUUUGUCUCACCUACUACCUACUACAUCCGCUAAAUAUUAUUAUAUGUUACGAAGCAGUUAUUUCGUAUCCAUGCUCUAUUAUUUGGUUUGUACAACAAUUGUUGCAUAAUUUUGAUUAAAUUUCUUUUGUCCGUUGAAUUUGUUCAGUUGAAAGAUUGGUAUAAGAACUAUCGAUACAUUGAUUCAAACGGCAUGUAUGAAUGUAGAACGUAUUAAACAAAAAAAAGCUUCAGACACAAAUUAUGGCACUUGACUUAGCUUUAAACACUGAAUCACACACAGCAAAACAAAAAUUAAAAAAGAUACUGGAAACACAGUUUUAGGGCUAAUUUUGAACAAUGCUGGAAGAAAAUGACUAGAAGCUGAUUUCAAUUUUCAUUGUUCAAUAAACUGAUUGUGAACAGAA